UGACCUACAUUUCCCAUAAGGCACCCAUUUCUACGGGUUCUUCCGGAGGUACGUGUCCUUCUGAGAGUCGUGCCUGCAACGGUGGAUUGAACCUGUUUAGAAAAUGGAGCUCGAGGCAAUGACCAGAUAUACCAGUCCAGUGAACCCAGCUGUGUUCCCCCACCUGACAGUGGUACUUCUUGCCAUUGGCAUGUUCUUCACUGCAUGGUUCUUUGUUUAUGAGGUGACAUCCACCAAAUACACACGUGACAUCUACAAAGAACUGCUCAUCUCCCUGGUGGCCUCACUUUUCAUGGGAUUUGGAGUCCUGUUCCUUCUACUUUGGGUUGGGAUUUAUGUAUGAGGCAGGUGGACAGAGGGACAGGUCUUGAAGAGAAGGCACCAAGGGCAUUCCAGGGAACCUUUUGGCCUCUGCUAUGGCACAAAGAAUUUAUUGUGAAGUUGUUUUUUUUUU